AGAAUUGGCUGGUGAAUCGCUCCGAAAGUUAAAACUCAGUGUAUACGCCGAGGACUAUGAUCCCCGUAGCGCUUUUGUUAUAUCCAAGAAGAGACCUGCGCCCAAAGAAGUGAUUGAUCCGGACGAGGACCUGGGAGCUAGGAUCAAGCGACUACAUGCCAGUGGGAAGCUGAAAUCAGUCAACAACACCGAUCUGAAAACGUUUCUCAAGUUAAUCGGACAGUCUCAAAGCGGCAAGAAGGAUAUCCUCUUAGAGAAGAUUGAAAUGUACUACGAUAAUUUGUAAGAAGAUAUACAUACUACAAGAUAAUGCAUAUCCUACUACUAUUCGUAUAAAGACAUGCAUAUUAUAGUAUGAUGUAUAUCCUACUACUAUCUGUAAGGAGACAUACAUACUACAGUAUAAUGCAUAUCCUACUACUAC